UUUAUUUUUUUAUUUGUUUUUGUUUUUUUUUUGCUUAAAUAUUUUGAGGAAUGAUAUCAUCGCAGCCUUCCUCAAGUUUAAAUAAUAGUAAUAUUGUUCAAAAGGAUGCUAAUGCUGAUCAUGGUAUGGAGUCUUCUACUGUUGCCGCUGAUCUAAGUAAUAACCAGCAGCAUGUUAACUUUACCGAGACAAAUCCUAUGGAUUCUCAAAAUCAAAAUCUGAAUGAUUCUUAUGAUUCAUUGGAAGGUCAGCAAGACUAUUCUUUUAUAAAUGAUAAGAAGCGUAUGAAUGAAAGUAGUAGAGGAUCAAGAACAGAUACCUCGAAUUUAUCAGAUCAAGAUCUCCCUACUUUGGAUAACGAUAUGUAUGUGGGUCCAGAAGAACAAAAAUCAAUGAUAGACCCUUCACAAGAUUCUUUACAUGCUUAUAAGCUUAUAAAUAAUGAUUUGCAAAGCCAAAAUGAUCAAAAGACAGUUCAGCCUCAUAAAAUUUGUUUCAAAUUACGUUAUCCACAACCUUUAACUUUAAAUGAACCCUGGAUUAUCGUAACUAAUUUAGAAAAAAAGGCUCUCAAAUAUUUAUUAUUAACGUGCGCCAUCUGUUAUUUUUUUGGGCGUUAUGGAUGUAGUUGGCUAGUGUUUACCCUAACUUGUGGAUCAGGCUUAAUUGCAUUUUACAUGUUAUCCAAUUCAGUAUUAGAUAGUCUUUAUUGGCAAAUUGAGAAACUCAAUGGCGCAAAAAAACUUGCUGAUUGUGGUAGCAGUGAUAGUAUGGGUGAAUCAAUGGAAUGGCUUAACGAUAUGCUUUCUAAAAUUUGGCGAUCCAUUGAUCCUAAAGUAUUUGCUACAGUUGAGGAUAUAUUAGAAGAUACACUAGUUAGAGUUGCUCCAAAAAUUAUUAAAGCUGCAAAAGUCAACGAUUUUGAUUUAGGCUCAGCUGCACCACGUAUUGAAAAAAUGCAAAUAUUUCCACCUACAUCAAACCAAUCGCCUGAUAGUAUCUUUGGUGAAAUAUCAUUUAGCCUUCGUACAGAUUCUAGUUCAUCAGCUGCUUCAAAAACAAAAACUCAUUUCUCUACCCCUCCUGGUGCAUCUAUUCGCUUUAAAUCAAGUGUUUAUGCUGCUGUUGAUGUUCGUGCUGAAUUAAUCAAGUUUACUGGUAAUAUUAGAUUUAAGAUCGUAACUUCUCCAGAACCUCCUUUCGUAUCACAAGUUGUUAUUUCUUUUACAAAAGCACCUGUUAUUGAAACUGCCGUGAUGCCGAUUACUAAGAAAUUAAAUAUUAUGGGGCUUCCGAUGUUACAUGGACUAGUAAAUGAAGGUGUUAAAUUGGGUUUUAAGCCAUUAGUAGAUCCAAAUACAAUUGACCUUGAUAUUGCACAAAUUAUGGCGGCACAACUUGAUACAUCUGCUAUUGGUUUAGUUAAAGUAGAAGUAAGACAACUAAAGAACAUGAGUCCGACCUCUGAAGAUCCUGAAAACUUAUUUGUCACUUUAUCAUUAAGUAAAAUUGAACAAAAUGAUGUACAAGGCACACGCAUUUUAACAAAUAAAAUUGAUCCUUAUUGGAAUGAAAAUCUUUAUCAACUUGUAGCAUUGGAUGACAUUAAAAAUGAUGUUUACGUCAAUAUUAAAAUAUUUAAAUCUGAUAAACUUGGAACAGACGUCAUGUAUGGCUCUAUCUCAGCCUCUGUAAGAGAUAUUGUUCUUGGAAAAUUAGAUGAAGUUGGCAAUAUCACAAAUUGGUGCACAAAAGAAAGAGUUAUGUUUGAUGGCUGGGCACCAGUAGAUGAUCGACCAGAGAAUAGCUCAAGAAUCAUGUUAAACUUCAAAUUAUCUUUCCAUCCUAAAUAUAUCAUUCCAAAUAUGCAUCAUCCAAAGACAGAAUUAGCUCGACGAAAAGCAGAGAGAGAAAAGCAGGCUGAAAAGAAAAAGAGUGAGGGACUUGAUAUAAGCGAUGGUCAAAAAAAGCUAAGAUUAGAAAUGGGUGAUGAGUUAAAAGAAAUAAUUGAUACUAAAUUGGAACAUCCAAUUGAAGACAUAUCUCAACAAACAAGUGGUCAAAGUGAUUUACGCAAAAAUAACAAGUCAGAUAAAGCUGAUGUUACAUUAGCCUCUAAUGAAGAUGCUGGUGUUAAUAAAACACAACUAGUUGCUUCUAAAGAUAAUUCAAGUAGGAUAGAUAAUAAAAUUGAUGAAGAUGAAAGUGAUGAUGAUAUGGAUAUCGAACUUGGUGAACCUGUGUCUCGGGAACAUAUCUCAGGUAUAUUAUCGAUUAGAAUUACUGAAGGUAAAGAUAUUGAAAUUAUGGAUCCCGAUCUAUUUAACUCCAAAGAGCGAAGACACCCUUACAAGCCAGGUAGACCCGUAAACCCUUAUGCCAUUAUUUACAUUAAUGAUCAAAAGAUUUAUCGAACUCGUGCUAAAAUGAGUACUCCUAAUCCUUGCUGGAAUGCAGAUACAGAAUGCUUUUUGAAGAAUUACGAAACUGCGUAUGUUCGUAUUAGUGUCAAAACAAGUAUUGACUUGGAGCAAGAUCCUGUUAUUGGCACAGUGGUAUUCAAAAUCAGUGAGUUGUUUGAAAAAGGUCGCAAAAAGGUUAAGAAAACUCAACGAUGGGUUGGAAUUGGCCAUGGCAUUGGUUUUGGACAAGUGUUCCUUGAUCUUACUUAUAAACCAAUCAAAUUGACUCUUCCAAAAGAGCUUUUAGGAGCUGAGGUUGGAACUUUAGUCAUUGAAAGUGUAAGAUUAUCCAAUAUUAAAAAUGCCUUGGAUAGUCAAAAAGCAAGCUCUACGAAGGCAACAUUCGCUCUUAAUGUUGAAUCUAAAAUUACAAAGGAGUUAGACUCCAACUUACUACAAGAACAAACUGAUGGUAUUUGGGCUUGGGCAGAAGAGAGUAUGUAUUUCCCUCUUCUCAUGAGAUAUAAAACUGCACUUUUCAUUCAUCUCUCACAGGGUAUGACAGAUGGGAAAAAAGUUACAGCUUGUUUAUGGAUGAAAGAAAUUCUUGACUAUGAUUGGCAAGAAGCUGUGUUAGCAUUACGUGAUUAUACCUCUGAAGUCUCAGAUGAAGCUAACCGUAAUGAAUUACCAUGGGGUUCAGAUGGACCUCAUGGUAGUAUUAUUGUUCGUAUCAAGUUUAUUCCUGGAUUUUCUCCUGUUCAUACUAGUCUACCUUCGUUUACGACAGAUAUGUUGGGUGCAGAUCCAUUCCAAAAGGAUGAUACUUGGGAAAAGGCACAUCUUUUAGUACGACAAGAAGGCUCUGAACAUUAUGCUAUUAACGUUCCUGAAGACACAGUUAUUGAUAACAAUAAAAGACAACCCAUACUUGAUACAAUCAAUAAACAUCAAAAGGAAGGUUCUUGUAAGGGCUCAUUGUCCAAAUUGAAACAUAAGAAGGAUCAGAAUAAGCAUUACUCUUUAAAUCAUUUGAGUGAAGAGCAAAAACAAGAACUUAUAAAUAUUCGGAAUGAAGAACAGCUUCAUAAAGGAGGGAAAAUGCCUAUUACUGAAACAGAAACAGCGACAGCAACAAACCCCGCUGAUGAUGUUCCUUACUAUACAUCCGAAACACCGUCAAGAGCUGUUGAUAAUAAUGCUAUCAUUGAAUCAUCCUACAAUUCACAACCUAUUGUUACCAACGAACCAGUAACUUUUAAUACAGAUACGUUCGAUAUAUUCAACGAGAAAUCUUACUCAAGUGUUCUAGAUCAACCUACUAUUACGAAUCCAGAUUUAGAAAAUAAACGAGCCUCUUUAUCAAGUACAGUUAGUGAUAGACCUGUAAACAGCUUUGAUGUCUUAAGGAAAAACACAAAUACAACUGUAUCUAAUAAUGGUGGAGCCUCAGUUAGAAAUGAAGGCAAGCGAGAUUCAACUUCUUCUAGUUCAUCAAGCAAUGUUCCGAUCUCGCCUACCCACUCUUUUAAUUAUGGAGAAAAGAGGAAUUCAGUAGCAAGCACAUCAUCUAGCGGGCAACACGCAGAUAAUGAUGGACCCUAUGUAAAGACGAAUAUUCGAAGAAUUUCAACGAGCAACAUGCCAAUGAAUAAUGACAGAUUGAAUGGUAUUAUGGAAAUUGAAACUGUUCCUUACUUGGAUUCUAUGAAAGAUAAUUUAUCCAAUUCAAAGAUUCAUAAUACAAAAGUGAUGCGAAAACUUUCGAAAGGAAAAGAUUAUAUUCAGCAACAAAUUAACACAUUGCGACAAGGUCAUAACAAUGAGUCGCGAGCAAAGCAGUCAGUUAAAAAGGAAGUUUAAUAUACAUUUUGCAUUCUUAUUUUUCUUUUCCUUUUCCUUUUUUUUUUAUUGAUUAC